AUGUACUUCUCCGCCGGAAUCAAAGCAGCCCUGCUUCUCGCAGCUUCCAUUCCUGCGCAAGCAUGGAACAGACUGGACAAGGACAACGCUGCCCUCCUGGUCGUCGACCACCAAGUCGGUCUUGCCCAACUCGUGCGUGAUUACAACACAAACGACUUCCGCAACAACAUCCUCGGUCACGCUGCCCUCGGUAACGUCUUCAACCUGCCAACUGUCCUGACCAGCUCCUCGGACGCAGGUCCCAACGGUCUCCUGCUCAAGGAGAUCAUUGACAUGCACCCCAACGCGACCUUCGUCCGUCGUCAGGGUGAGGUCAAUGCUUGGGAUAAUGCGGACUUCCGCGCUGCGGUUAAGGCUACUGGCAAGAAGCAGUUGAUUAUGGCUGGUAUUGUCACCGAAGUUUGCACCUCCUUCCUCGCUUUGUCUCUUAUUGAUGCCGGCUACGAAGUCUUCGCCAACACCGAAGCGAGUGGCACUUUCGAUGUUAAACUUGCCGAGGAUGCGAAUCGUCGUAUGGAGAAGGCUGGUGUUACGCUCAUGGGUCUGUUUGGUAUUGUCUGUGAUCUUAUGCGUGAUUGGAGGGGAACUCCUGGUCUCACUGAGGUUCUGCCUUUCCUUGAUAAGUACCAGUUUGCUUACGGUCUUGCUGCCCGCCACCACGCUGGAUCUAUUCAGAAUGGUACCUUUUACCCUGUUGAAGGGACUUUGAUUUAA